AUGUUGGCUGCCUUUUCGGUUGGCAGUGAAAAUGCGUUUGAGGAGCGGCAACAGGAGCAGCCUGUGCUUGUCCAAACUAUCCGCACUGCUGCGAUGCCGGCGGACGCAACACCGCUGGUGCGUUUUGUUGUGGGCGCGGCUGUGCUGGGCACCGGCUUUGUGAGGCCCAUCACGUUCUUUCCCAUCAUGACGACCAUUAAAUCUACCGACUCGAGUAAGCACGCGGUGCCGGAUGUUCCGAAGGGACCACAUGAGGCUCAGCUGGAGCACGGAAUACAACGCUGCCAGUGGGCCGCCUCCUCCUCGGCGCAGGUGGAUCGCCGCUACAGCGAGCUGGUGGAGUUUCGCACGCUACUCGCCUACCAGUUUCCCACCAUGAUUGUCCCGCCGCUACCGCCCAAGUCAAAGCUUGAAAACUUUGGUACCUUUUUAACCAAUGAGAGCAUCCUACUCACGCAGCAGCGCACACUGGUGCGAUUUCUUCGCGAGCUUGCCGUGAACCCCGAGCUGGUAUACUUCUCUGCGCACACCCCACAUUUCUUUCAGCUGCCCCGCGAGAGUUUUGAGGACUGGAUCAGCAUCAUGCGAUCCGCUCUCGCGGGGUUUCGCCAGUGCAAUGCCUCCAUCGACGCCCACAGCUCACGCAAGGGUGGAUUGCUGGGCUCCGAGUCCGUCGCCGCCUUCACCGGUGAGUCCACUAAGGUUGUGCGGAAGCUUGUGGGGAUGCUGCAUUCAUGGAUGGGCGGCGGCGGGGAGAGUCCCCCAGCACAGCAACCAAAACAGCAACAGCAAGGUCGGAAGUUGGCUGGCAAUAAGGCAGCUUGCGCGGAGGUACUCAAUACGAUGGAGGAUGUGAACUACUGGACCUGUGAGAUGCGCUUUCUUGGGGAUUACCGUGAGGCCCUGCUCGGGGCGGCGCGUCCGUACCUUGCUGUCAUGGAGCAGUCGGUGGAGACCGUCACCGCCACGAAGGAGGUGGCGGCGGCGCUCGAGAAAUACGCCAGCGUCCUCGGUGUCUCCUCUGCAAAUAAAGACCUUGCGCAGGUGACGCUGGAAGCUGGACGCUUCUUUGACGUGGCCGCCACUGCAAUGGACCGGUUUCAGGCCAAAAGGAAGAGUGGGGUGUACGAACGACUACUCUUUGAGGUUUCGUACCUUGACGCCGCGAUGGACACGAUUGACCACGUGCUGUGCCUCUGGCGUUACUGUGACGAACUCGUCGGGGCGCAGGCGUCUGCCGCCUUUGUCACCUACACAAGGAGCGUGAGCAUUAAGCUGCGUAAGUUUUAUCAGCAGCGAUUCCUGCGCAACUUUAAGUGCCGCAUGCAAAACGUGCUGCAACGCAUGGUAGAGGCGGAGCACCACUAUGUGGAGGAGGUGGAGGCGAGUAUGAAGGACACCGCAUUCGCCGGGACCAUAAAGAAUCCAAAGUACGCGGAGUACGUCUCAGGAUCCCCGCUUGAGCCGGGCAGCCACAACUGA